CUCAUUCCUCCCACCCUCCUCACAGCUGUGUUCUCCGACACAAUCUUUGAGGUGUCUCCGCCGCGGUCGGGGAGGUGUUGUUGUGUGUUGUGGCCUUUUGGAUGUUCCCCUCCCCCUUCACUCCCUCCUUACCUCCGGCCGUUUCCUUGUGUUCCUGUUGAAUUGUGGAGCUCGACAAUGGCGGCGGCAGUCGGCUCGGCCUCGCUCCGUGCCACCGCCUCUCGCUUUGCUUUGCUGCGGGUGGAGGGCGACUCGUCCGGUACCGAUUCCGACUCCGGGAGGAAUCACAGCGCCGGUAACCGGCUGGGGAAAACUUCCCGAGCAGGAUCUGCCAAAAAGAAUAACGGUACCCAGCCUGGGGCCAGCAGCAACGAGAAAAAGAGACAGAAAAGGAAGAAGAAGAAAGAGCAGCAGCAGAGCGAAGCGAAUGAGCUAAGAAGUCUAGCCUUUGGAAAAAAUGUUUCAAAGUCUUGUUCUGUUGCUAGUCCUGGUGUAAGUACGAGAUCAUGUCAAUCAGACCAAUUUCUGAACAAUCAGAAUCUACCAGUGGCAGAGGGUGAGAAGUGGGAGCAAUGGAGAGAAAAGGAUGAACAGUUAACUAGUGAAUUGUAUGAAGCAGAUCUCCAAGAAGCUUUACUAAUCAGCAAGCUGGAAUAUGAGGAACAUAAGAGUUGUUGUGCAAAUAAUGCUUCUCUGAAAACAAAAGGAUCAAGUAGAAAAGAAAAAAGAAAACACCUCCAGGGAAAGGAUAAACCAGCCACAGUUUCAUUAAAAGAUUUUCAGACAGAUGGAAGUACAGAUCAGACAAACAAAAAAUCUGAGGAGCCAAAAUCUUUGCAUGCAACAACAGAAGAGGAUAGUUUCUUUAAUAAACUAGAAGAAGAUGCAAAUAAAAUAUUGUUGAUGGAGAAAAGAAAACAAUGCACAAGUUCAAAUGGACUGGAUAUUGCUACGCAAGAAAGUCAAGAAGCUGUUUCCAAUAACGCAAGAACUGAACAAUUAAAGGAUCAACUGGAAAAGAAAGAUUUGAAAAUUCUUCAAUUGAAACAAACUGUUACACAGUGGGAAGCAAAAUAUAAAGAAGUAAAGGCUCGAAAUGCUCUGCUUUUGAAGAUGCUACAAGAAGGUGAAAUGAAAGAUAAAGCAGACAUACUUUUACAAGUUGAUGAACUGUUAACUAUCAAGAAUGAACUGACCUCACAGGUUACUGGCCUGCAUGCAGCUCUCGAACAAGAAAAAUCAAAAGUCAAGCUUUUACAAGCAGAGUUAACAAAAUUUCAGGGAGGCAAAAAAGGGAAGAAAAUGUCUGAAUUGGAUCACUGAAGAUUUCGACAUUUGCGUACUGUGAAGCCCAAGGCAAAAAAAAAUCUCCACAAUAUAAAGCCUUCCUUCAGGGUGCCAUCGUGGAUAUUUCUAGUUCUUGCAAAGCCAUUGGAUUUUGCCAUUAAUUUGUUUUGCACUUGUUUAAACUUUUGUGAAAACUUCCCACUCCUCAGACCGAGAGGAAACAUCUUAUUUUGUUGCACUUCUGAUGGAGCUGUCAUGGUACCGAAAACUGAAUGAUGUUUGGGUGGUUAACUUCUGCUUUAGUAUUACAGAGAUUUGAAGUGAUGUCUUUUUAAAAAAAAAAAAAAAAAUUUUUUUUGGUUUUCAAAAGUUAUUUUUGAUUGAUUAAUGACUGCUUUAGACCGGAUUUAUGGCCUGUUGAUAAGUAAGUAUACUGUUUACAGCCAUCUCAUUGACUGUAUUUGACAAUGUACAUUGAAACUAAAAAAUGUACAAGAUGAUGUGAGGUUAUAAUGUAUGCUACAAUAUUUUCAUUUAACUUCACACGAACCAACUUUGAAAAGGAUGAGAGAGAUAAGAGGGAAAUAAAUAUUUUCUAGUAACAUUAGUUUGUGGAGUUUCAGAGAAGUUUCCAUUCAUAACCCUAUGAGGCAUGGAAAGCUGUGUUCAUCCAAAUAAGGGCAAGGUUGAGCAAUGUUUUCAUAAUAAUGUAAGAACAAUUCUCUCUUGUGGUCCUGACUAUAUUUGAUUUUCGUGUUAAGUUGGAAAAUAGUCAGUUUCCCUACAAUCCUUACCAUACUUAUGAGCAUGUACAAAAUAAAAGGGCAUCUGUAAGUAACCCAGCCUGUGUUUCUGGAAUAUGAAGUAGUUCAUAUUUUGUUGAACAGUACUGAAGCAUGUUAAAAUGCCAAACUUUUAAUACUUA